AUGACAGAGCUCACCCUGCAAAGUUGGCUUGAGCAACGAGCUGAUGUAUUACGUGCCGCUCUUGCUGACUACACAACUGAAGGCCAUGCGAAUACGUGGGAUGCGCUUCGUCCUGUCUGUCUGACUUGGGCGUUCGUCGAUCGGUAUUUCCGUGACGUGAUACCGGUGAGCUGUCUUUCAGUCCUAUGA